CAACAAGCAUUCCUAUCAACAAACCCUGCCUCACUACCAGCUUGCUCCUCUGCCAAUGUGUGUGAAUAUACUUGUUUGAGUUGUGUUGGGUUUACACUCAGAGUUUUCACUGUGUGUUUGUGUGGGUGUGUGUGUGUGUGUGGGUGGGUGGGUAUAUGCAUCACUCUAUCAUCACCUGAAGACUCCUGCACUUUUUUGAGCCAACCUUCUCAAGCCAGCUUGCACUGCAUCAUGAUACAGAGGGUUACUCUGACUUUGCUUCUCUGGGGUAGUUGUGGUUGGCUCAUCUCAAACUGUGAAGGCCAAGACUUGUUUCCAGCAACGACUGUUGCAAACUGCUCCUGUAAACUUGGCCAUGGCAAGUGUGCUGAAGAUGGUGACUGCAGAUGUGACCCAGGCUGGGGAGGGCCCUUCUGUCAGGACUGUGUGCGAAUGCCCGGCUGUGUCCACGGCUCUUGUCAUCAGCCAUGGCAGUGCACCUGUAUGGAUGGCUGGACAGGUCGCUUCUGUGACAAAGAUAUUCAUGUGUGUGAAAAUGAGAUGCCAUGUCAAAAUGGGGCCACCUGUUUUCUAAAUGAUGCUGGAGAGUACAACUGUUUGUGUCCUGAAGGCUUCCAUGGAAAAAACUGUGAGUUAAAGACUGGACCAUGCCAUAAAAUCAAGUCCCCUUGUAAGAAUGGUGGCUUAUGUGAGGAUCUAGGUGGAUUUGCACCUGAGCUAACUUGUCGAUGCCUAGUCGGCUUUACAGGCCCUCGCUGUGAGACCAACAUGGACGACUGCCUAAUGCGCCCUUGUGCGAAUGGUGCUACUUGUGUGGAUGGGGUAAACCGCUUUUCGUGCCUGUGCCCUGCUGGGUUCACAGGCCGUUUCUGCACAGUCAACCUUGAUGACUGUGCCAGUCGACCAUGCCUCAAUGGAGGCCGGUGUAUAGACCGCGUCACCAACUUUCACUGCCUGUGUCCUGCUGGAUACACAGGUCGAACUUGUGAGAUUCCAUUGCCGGACAAGGGACUCCAAACCCAAGCACCACACAAGGACUCUUUUGGCUGGGGAGGAGGAGGAUUCCCCGAAAUCUCCAAACUACCCCACAUUACUCCGAAUAAGCCACACACCUACACCACAGGAAACUACUCUCAUGGGGUUACAACCAGUGGAGAUAAAGGCCAUCUGUUGAAAAUUUCUGUAAAGGAGGUAGUGACUCAGAGUGCAGCAGCAGGACUCUCAGAGGAACACUUUUUAAUCCUGCUAGUAUUAGGAGGCCUGACUCUGGCUGUGGUGGCACUUACAGCUGGCCUGGUGCUACGAGGACACUGGCAGAAUAUCUGUGUCUGCAGUCACUGUAGAGCACCGACCUCCAAACAACAUUCAUUCCAGCGAUGCCGCAUGCAGCAGCGCCACUUAGCUGCCACUCAGCAGGACUGCAAGAUCAGCUUCCUACACUCAGCUGAUCCACCUGAGCUGGAGAAGAAGAGACUAAACACAGAGGUCAUAUGAAGAUAUUGGGGAAAAUACUUGAGUGCUCAUAAUAAAGAUAGGUCAUGUUUAAUGAAAAACAGUCUGUUUAUGACCGUAAUAGCCCGGUCACAUCAGCUGUUGUUCAUGAAGAAAAGUGGCCCAUUAAAGUGCAGGUAAACUGAAAGAAUAAGAAACAGCUCUUGAGGGAGUGUCAGUGAAAAGCACUCCACAGAAUAAAAGAGCACUUCACUAACCACCAUGGACUAAUGAAUGCCAUGAUGGAGCAUACAGCACUGAAGAAGCAUUAAUACAAAAACGUGUAGAAAGGACUAAAGGAAUGUUUCAUUACCACACAGUCUUCAGAAGGACCGCAAUGAAGAAACGUACUGUACUAUUCCUGUUUUAUACAAAAAAAACCUUUUUUUUCCAUACGACAUAAACGAAAACAUGUUGCUCUUAAACCUUAGGGUGUUUUGGUCCGUGUCAGUGCCCCGAGUGGUCACGGAUUGAUGACUCAGCAUUUUUUUUGUGCACAUGUGAACACAUCAGAUGAACUCAGGUUCCUCUAAAGUGACCCACAAGCAAAGUAUACACUAUAUACAGUUUGUGGUUCAUUUUGUGGUCCACUUGAUUUGUUCAACAAAGUGGUCUCAAUUUGCUUCAUAUUUUGGCUUUUGGUCAAAUCUGCCUCAAAAAAAUUUCAUAUGCUACAGCGGAAUAGUAAAGAAGUAUACAGGAGUGAUUAGUGUAGACUCACAGUCUUCAACUGUAGAAGUUGUCAAUGUGGAGACAAUUGCCUUGUAAAUAAUAAUUGAAUAUUUGUGUUUUUUAUAUGUGUAUAAUGUGAUUUUUGUACAAAUGUUAGAAAAUGUAUUAUGGGUCCAAGCACACUGUGCUGGAGCCUUGUUACUUUUGUUCUGUGAUGGGGAGAAGACAGAAAGGUGCAUCACCCCACUAUUCAGGCAAAUAAGGGGACCUUGAUCAGUCUCAUAGUGGUCCUAUAGCACACAGAUUUUUUAAUUAUUUUUUUACUCUUCCCAAAUAAUCUGACUGCAAGACAGUUCCACUCUGUUGAAUUUUAAAUGAAUUUGCAUAAUAUGCUAAACUUAACAUUGCACCUCUAGACCUCUAGCAUUUCCAAACAAUAUAUCCACCACAUGCCAGUUAAUCCUUCCAGAAUGGAGCUUAGAGGUUGGUGAAUAACUCAUGAAGACUUGGAUGGAUUCUCAUUAAACUUGAAGGUCUACAUCAAAUCAUUUUAUGGGUCAACCAGGGUUAUUAUUAUAUUCAAAUAACUGCUUCUCAGCAGUUGCUUCUCAGUAUGUUGACGAUUUGCAUGCUAAAUCUUUUGCAUGCUGCAAGGUAGUCAAGGAUUAUGUUAGGUGAAAUUCAAAAAACAUGACAGUGGUCAGUCAAAUUCAAAAUUCAGCUGGCUUUUAACAGGCUUACCAUUGGUCAUGCUAUAAGUAAUGUCUUCAGAUUUCAGAGACACCAACAGACAAAAUGCUGAAUUUCUAUUUCUACUUUUAUUUGCAACCUGUAUUAUAUAUUUUAUAUAUUUAUAAUUAUAUUCUCAAUAAUAUCAUUCUCAAUAUGUAAAAAAAAUCAAUCAAUAUCUAGUUAAUUUUGUUCAGAUGACAUGCAUUAAACCGAACAAAAAAUAAUUGGAUUUUCACAGUGUUAGACUUUGCGGCAAAGACCACAGAAAAUAAAGGCCAUAUCCAUAUGCAGAUCUUUUUAUUUGGAGCACAGCCUGAGGGUGCCCAAAUUGUUUUGCCAUUUGACCACAAUGUGGUCCUAAAACGUAUAUAUAACUAAAAAUAACUUCAUGAAGCAUUUGCCUAUCCUUAAUUGUCCGUAACAUGGAUGCAUUGUAUGCUAAAGUUCCCUUGUCUCCUUGUUGGAUUAUCUGCCAUUCUGAAUAGGAACAAAGUCAAUCUUUUAAUUGUUCUGCAUAUAAAUUUUCAUGACACAUAGCUUGAUUUCUUAUGAUGUAAUCUAUAAGACAACCACAAUGACAACAAACAGGAAAUCAGGACAUUUCUUGUAUGCUCUGACAACAAAAUUUGUCUUUUUCUUGAGAGGGUUACAUUUGACAGUUAAGCAGUGCUUCAAGUAAAGAAGUGAGAUCAUAUCUCAUGAACAAUAUCCUGUACCAAAUUGUAAUACCUGUCUUUGGCACUAUUCCAGCUGCCCACAAUAUUGAGAGUCAUUUGGCCUUACAGGAAGAGUGAGUCUAUAUCUCUGCAACACUUUUGUGUAUUGACGCUGAACCUGAGACCGAACACUACAUAUCAGACAUGUUCCAUGAUGUGCAGAUAGAUCAAUAGGGGCCAUUAUGACAAUAAAUGCAAUGUUGGUCUUGCUUGGGAAAUAAUACUUGGACCCUAGUAACCAACACUUGCAGUUAUAUUUUUAUUAUCUUAGUAAGCAUGAUACCCAACAUUGCAUCUCUUCAGAUAAAAUCAAUUUGACAAUACGUUCAGUUCAUUCACUGAUGUACAGCAGUAUAGGAUCAACAGUAUUUUCUAAAUAUAAAUAUAAUUUAUUUCUGUAAAUUAUUGGUGUAAUGUGUACUUGAGUAUUUCAAUGUGUAUUUUUGAUACUAAAUAGACACUGAGUUGUAGUAGGAUUGUUGAGAAUAAUGAAAUUCUCCUGUAAAAUAUUCUAAGGACACUCUUAAUGUCAUGCCACAACAUACAUCAUUUGCUUCUGACUAAACUAAUGGCAUCAUAAUUCAUGACACUUACAGGUAAAGAAGACAUGUUUUUGUAAUCCUCAGUGUUUGUGAUCAGACAGAAAUGUGAUUUAUUUAAUAUAAGCUCACUGGUUCCUUUUUCAUGACACAAAAGCAAUAACCAUGGUCUUCUUUUUUUUGUUGCCAUGUUUAUGGUAACAACAAAGUGAUGGAUUAAAUGUUGAAGGUGCUUAAA